AGCUGUUACAUUAGCUCAGGAGACAGUAGUGACACUUCCGGAGGCCAUAUCUGAACCUGCAACAUGAGUCGAACAUCUUAGCGCUGCUGUUAGUGUGUUUAUGGACUCAACCCGGGAAAAUGCCACUGAAGAGGGGAUGGUUCCUGCUGUUUUUGUCAUGGCUCGGAUCUCUGCACGCUCAGGAUGAGAAUAGUGUGGAGUUUUCUCUGGGAAUGUUCCAGAAUGUCAGUGUUCCAGUGAAUGGGACGGUUCAAGCCGUCGUUUCCCGAAUUCCUCCAGACGUCUCAUUUAUCACGCUGCAGUUUCACACACAACACCGUAAUAUCACGCUCUCAUACACACUGGUUCCAGUUUAUGGUCAGUCACUCACAGCAGUGGAUGCUGGUCUGUUGUCCACCCUGUUGCCCACUCAGUCCACAAUCUCCUGGUUCCUGCAGACGCCAGAUGGGAACAGUGUGACGGGCAUUGCUGUGGUACUGCCGUAUACGAGCACUGAUCCUGUUCCAGGUGCCUGUAAUCAGGAAUUUCCACUGGACAUUGAUCCAAACAUUUACCUUCAAUACAACCUGUUUGAGACCACUAUCAGCUUUGCGCCUGCUAACAUUGGAUAUGCAAGAGGAGAGACUCCGCCAGCGUGUGAUGUGGACAUGGGCUCCAGUACUCGUUGGCGGCUGGUGUAUGAGGUGUACCAGUACUUCCUGCCGGAAGGUGACCAAUCAGGGCAGAGUCUCAUCAGUGGCAUGGAGAGAGUGGCCAAUGUGAAGAGCAUACAGGACAAUAGCAGAAAAGUGAUGUUGUUGUCAUCUCAUGAUCGGACGCAGCUGUCGUUUAACUCUCUGCCUGGUCAGGGUGUGGUUUUCUCUGUGGUUGUUAGAGAUCCGGUGUUCAACACAUCAGCUUCAUACAUCCCUGUGCACACGUACGCCUGCAGCUUCAACUCCACGCUGGACGGCUGCAAUACUUUAGGGCGAGUUUCCACUAAAUUGUUUUUCACUGUGACUGGGGUGGCGGGGUUGUUUGUGUGUUUUCUUGGACAUCGCUUCUUCAAAUGUGAGCUGUUCUGCAUGGGCUUUGGGUUUAUGGCAUUUUUCUUCUUUGUCUUGAUUACCAGCACCACAGCGCUGGAAUAUGACAUUCGAUUGGCUCUGACGGCAGUAAUGGGUGUGGUUGGGGGCGUGGUCCUGGUGAUGAGCUGGUGGCGGUCUGGCUCUGUCAUGGCUUGCAUCUUAGUGGUCGGACUUAUUCUUGGAUUUCUCAUCUCGUCUAUCGCCUUUUUCACUCCACUUGGUGACCUGCCUAUAUUCCAUAAUGAUGUGGUGUUUUGGGUUGUGUUUACCUGCAUUAUGGUGGUUGUUCCUCUAUUCUUCAUCAGGUGGCCCAGAGAGGGUAAUAUAAUUACGUGUGGAGUGGUUGGUGCAUAUACAGUGAUCCUUGCCAUCAAUGCCUACACCUACACCAGUCUCUCCUACAUCACACUAGACGUUCUCAAACGCUUCCUCAACCACAACUUCAGUCGAGCAUUCAUCUCUGUUCCGCUGCAGGACAUCGAUUUCAUCUUGAUCACCGUGUGGGUGGUUCUCGGGGUUUCUGGCAUCGUUGUGCAGCUGUAUCGCGAGCGGUCACGCCCGUUUUUCCCACCAAGCCCGUAUGUGAUGUGGAAGCAAGAGCGAGAGCGCAGGAAGACCAACGUUCUGGACCCCAGUUAUCACAAGCCCUCUCUCCCUGCCCGAAUACUCGCCCGUGUUCGGCAGCUCACGCGUCGCACAGAACCAGCCGGCGAAAGCACACCCCUCCUCCUUUAACCCUUGACUUAUGACUUUUGACGGAAAAGACGAUUUCCCCCUCCAGAUAUUUAGCCCUCAGUCCUAUAGAGAUGCUUUUUUUAACAACCAUAAUGAGGAUGCUGCUCUAUUUAAUGUCUGGAGACUCUUACGCAGCGAUGGAGGUCACAGCACAUUGGUGUUGGACUGAGCAUGUGCACUAGUGUGUGGAUGUGAUGGGUUCUUUAGAGUAUGCACUUCCCGUCAAUGCUGAAUGCCACUGGGAUUUGAUGACAUCAUAUAAGUGUAUAUACUGUUUAGCCAUUGGUUGAUUGUUGUUUAAUAUAUACAGCUGCCACGGAGUGGUUUUAGAAGCAUUUUAGCAACUUCAGGAGAAUGUUAAUUCAAGCCACGACAUGUGCCACAGAUUGUUAGAUUUUGAACAGUAAAUAUUUUUACAUGUUUUUAUAUUAGGUCUAUGUAUGUACAGGGUAUCAGUGCAACAUUUGAGAUUCAGAAUGAGUGAGGAUUUUUAAAGACAUACAGAAAAGUUUUGUGAUGUUUGUUUUUUUCAUGUUUACCCUUAAAAUGAAUGUAUAAUACUGUGAGUUCUGACCAAAUGAAGAUGCGUACAUUAGUAUGGCUGAUGUUUGUGUUGAUGUUCUGUGUCUAAGUGACAUUCUCUUUUUCCUUCCUUUAUAACAGAACGUGUAGCUCUCUGGGAGACACAAGCCCAAGUUUAAUGUUUUCUGUAACAAACUGCAGCUCUGUAAAAAACAGGAUGCAGGUAUUGAAGUUUCUUCUCUCAGGGUUUCUUUAUGUAAUUGUGUAUCUCUCCCAAACAUGAACUAAUCAGACAUCUCAUCUGUUUUCCAAUCCUGGCCCUGGAGUAGCCCAACACCACACAUUGUGUAUUCCUCCUGAAUCUAACACACUUGAUUCAACCAGCUCAUUAGUAGAGGCUUCAUCACCUGAAUUUGGUGUUUCAGAUAAGAGAGACAUCCAUAAUGUGUAGUGUUAUGUGAACUCCUGGACCAGGAUUGAGAAACACUUAUAAGUUAAAACAUUACAAGUUAAAAUAAUGUUUUUAAAUAGUAGCUAUAUGCAUUAUUGUUGUUAUUUCUGUUUUUGUCUGACAUUUAAAUGAUUCUCUAAACAAGUAAAAUAUUAAAUAAAGUUGUAAAGUUUGUACCAUAA